GUGAACGAGCUGACAUGCGCGCGCCCAACCAGCCCAAACCACGUGACAUGUGACGUCACAGACGGGUCCUGCUGGAAAGACUUUGACGGAAUGAAUUUGUGCCUCAACAGGAGGGAGACUCGCUGCGGCUUCUUGACCUGAGGAAAACUACAAAGUUAGGACUGACUUUGUUCUUCAUCGCUCGCAACUCUUAUAACUCGCUAUGUCCGGCGAACAGAAGGAGCCACAAGAGGCUAUGAACAUGUACUCUGUUACCCUCAGCGGCCCAGCGCCGUGGGGCUUCAGGCUGCAGGGAGGCAAAGACUUCAGCAUGCCACUCACUGUGUCGAGGCUUACACCGGGUGGAAAGGCAGCUCAGGCCGGAGUCGGGGUGGGCGACUGGGUGGUCUCCAUCUGUGACGCCAAUGCCGAGGAUAUGACCCACGUGGAAGCACAAAACAAGAUUAGAGCAGCAACAGACUCCCUCACUCUCACCCUCAGCAGAGCUCUUAAAGGAGGUGAAGAGAGGAAGGACUCGCUUUCCUCGGCUUCUGCUCCGCCAAAGUACUCCUUUGCCCCAAGCACAACCAUUAACAAGAUGGCGAGGCCAUUUACAGCCGGGGGUGCUAGCACUAACUCAGGACCCGUUAUUAAACCUGUGGCCUACACACCUAAGUUUAACACCGCGCACUCGCCGGGCCUCGCCAGCACGCAGCAACCUCAGAAUGGCCUCGAGCCAACUCCUUCCUCUGCCAAGACCCAAGUUGCAGAUAAACCAGAUGGUUCAAAAACGGCAGCGGCGGCGGGAACUUCUGGUCCCUCCUGCAGACCGCCGUGGGUCACAGACCCGAAAUUUGCUGAUCGCUAUCGGCCGGACAAAACCAGUACCGUGGUGACCCAACACCAGCAGCCAGUCCAGCCGACGCCCAUGCAGAACCGCAGCUCCAUCCUGCAGGCGGCGCAGCAGGCGCCUGAAGACAGCGGGAGGACCCCGGUGUGUGGCGCCUGCAACAAAAUCAUCAGGGGUCGGUACCUGGUGGCACUGGGGCGUUCCUGGCACCCAGAGGAGUUCACAUGCUCCCAGUGUAAGGCGGUCCUGGAGGAGGGCGGCUUCUUUGAGGAAAGGGGCUCCGUCUACUGCACAAAGUGCCACGAUAACCGCUACGCGCCCAACUGUGCCAAGUGCAAGAAGAUAAUAACAGGGGAAAUCAUGCACGCCCUGAAGAUGACCUACCACGUUCAGUGUUUCAAGUGUGCAGCCUGUAAGAAUCCCAUCAGGAACCAGGCCUUCUACAUGGAGGAGGGCGAGCCUUACUGUGAGAGAGACUACGAAAAGAUGUUCGGUACCAAAUGCCAUGGCUGUGACUUCAAGAUUGAUGCCGGCGAUCGCUUUCUGGAGGCCUUGGGCUACAGCUGGCACGACACGUGCUUCGUCUGCGCUCUCUGCCAAAUCAACCUGGAGGGGAAGACGUUCUACUCGAAGAAGGAUAAGCCCCUUUGCAAAGGCCACGCUUUUGCUCCGGUGUAAGAGAGCCGACUACACCUUCAGAGGAAGCAACGCAUCUCCCACCACCUCAUCUUUAUCCCGCCUCGCCCUCCGACAAACUCCACAUCCCGUCUUUGCCAGCCACACACACGGAGUUGAGCGCCAGCUUCUUUUCUAUCCCGCAGACUUUGUUUUUAUACGCCGAGCUCAACGCUACGCUUCACAUACAGUCCACCUCACUGCCCGCAAAGACAAAGGCUGCACUGCAAAUCUGGAAGUAAGCAAGGAAUUAUUUCAACUCCGUGGCCACUUGAUUUUUAUCUAAUAAUGAAAAAAGUCGCGCUUGUUUUUUUUAAAAUCGAGAUUCACUGCAAUCAUCCUCAAUCUUUCCGAAGUGACAUCGGUGGUGUAAAGGAGUCAGUGAGCCUGCAGUAAUCACACACCUGCAGAGCCCUUUAAUGUGAUGGCAAGCAGUCGGGCAGCAAAAGGGGCUCCUGCUUUCUGCCUGAUUGGACCGAACCACCAGGCCCUCCUCCUCCUCUUCCUGCUCAAGAAGCAGGGAGUGGUGCAGGUUCCACCUCAGUGUAGACAAGUCGGAGCCCAUAGUUGAGACCGUUUGAAGUCCUUAAUUGGUCACAUUUUAAAAUGUCACAGAUGUGUUUUAUGGAAAUCCUCCAUGAUGUGAAGAAAUUCCCCCUCUCACAUUUCCAAGCCUAAAAGGGAAUCAAACUCAUAUUUUUCAUUGUGACGUAACAUCAUGACACCUCAUUGCUGUAGCUCCGUACCGUGUAUUUAAACUGCUUCAGAUCUGGGCUGUAUGUGUUUAUAGCUUACAUCUUCAAAUAAAACUAUUUGCUUAACCCACAGAAAAGACUGAGGUGCUUCUUUUUGUUGUUUUUAUUAAAAUGUUAAACUCGAACGUUUUUAGUAGAUCUUGAUGAGUUGAAAAACUUUUUUCUGUUCAGACAUUUGUUUCUGUCACACGGCCUUGAUGGAUAAUUAUCUUCAAAUCUCCAACAGUGUUUUGCUUCAGUUUUUAGUAUUUAUUGUUCAGCAUAAAAUGUUUUCCAAAUUUAAGUCUAUUUUUUUAACCAAAUCAUCUCUGCCUGCUUCCAUUUCAUACGAACUAUUUUGAAUACAUUUAUUACUCUCUUGUGAGUCAGUUUAAUUCUCUUUGGUAUUUUGAUACUGAAGAUAAUAAUAAUGCUGCAUUGCAUUCUAAAAAUAUUAACCUUGACUAUAGAUCUGAUCCCUGUUUGAAUUAGAACUACUGAGAUUAACCUCCUCCUGGAUUAUUAACCACGUUCUCUACGGAUUAUCGGAGCAGUUUUUAAAUCUUAUUUGUCAAAAUGGGUGGCAAGUGUGUAUGGGAGAUGUGAUUUGACCUAUGGCUCAUAUCAAUUGUUGCCUGGGGACUUUUUAUUGUGCAAAAUAAUCAUAGAAUGGAAAAGUACAAAAUGUUAAAGGCAGAAAACGCUGAGGGCAUUUUGAAGUGGGUUACUUAAACCGAGAGAUUUUCUGAACGAUGAAUAGCUGAAACAUCCAAAAUAACAAACAGAAUCAGGUUAAGUCAGAGAACCGCGCAGCGUCUCUGCAAUGUGAACCGAGUUUAAACUCUGUGGACCGCUGUGGUGGAGUCGGUCUGUUCUGAAGUGGAAAUUUUGUGCUGACCCUGCACAUUUGUUGCGCCAGUGUUCUUUACUUCAAAGUAACAUUUUUUUUUUCUUCCUCCAAAAUAUAACACCGUUUAUGUUGGAGGUUUGUUGAAAAGUAAAAAGAUGUCGUCAUUUGCCUUCUUGUGUGACGCCAGGAUGAAGUCUAAUAAUCAUCUAUGUGAGCUUUGCAUCGUUUGCGUUGCUCUGACUUCUCAGUUUUGCUGCUUCUGCACCAAGCUAUUGUUUUAGAUACGAUAGCGAAGUUAAACCAUCGGAUCAACACAGUGAUGAGGUGGUUUUUUUAUUGGCUGAACCUUUCAGCUUAAAUGUCACUAAUUUCAACCCAUCAUUAAAUAAUGAAAAAAAAAAAAGAAAA